CCGCCCUCGCCGAAGGACGAGCUCCUGGCCCUGUGCCGCGCGACGACGAGCGGCGUCAUGGACGACCGGGACCGCUUCGACGAGCUCCUGGCGCUCCUCGAGGCCGCGAACCCGACGCCGCGCCCCGCGGAGAGCCCGCUCUUCUCCGGCGCCUGGGACCUGCUCUGGACGACGGAGCGCGAGCUGAACUUCGCCAUGGACAAGGGCCUCUUCGCCGCGGGGCCCUGCACGGGCGUGUCCCAGACCAUCGACGUGGCCGCGGGCGACCUCGAGAACACGGUCCUCUUCGACAACGACUCGAAGCUCUUCGUCGGCUCGUCCAUCGCGCCGAGCCCGGACGACGCCGCGGGCCGGCGCUUCGACUUCAAGUUCUCGUCCUGCUACCUCCAGUGGCGCGGCACCAAGGUGCCGCUGCCGCCCGUCGGCGAGGGCUGGGGCGACAUCCUCUACCUCGACGACACGCUGCGGGUCCAGCGCGACAUCCGCGGAGACCUCCUCAUCGCGACGCGGGCGACGAAGUAA